AUGUCUGGUUUUAUAUGUUCGCGUUGUCGCUCGUCUCUUCGGAGAGUUUUGCGCGCCCAGUCACGAUCCAUCAAUAGCUCCGUCCGCAACUCCAGCCCCGAACCUCUUCGCAACAAGCUUGUUGACAUCGAUGCUCUCCUCUCUAAACCCACCUGGUCCGUCCGUUCGCUCCUCCCAGAUCCCGAUGCCCCUCCAUCAGAAGAAAUCACUCCCGCAAAACUACACCACCUACUUCGUCUCUCCGCGCUUCCCCUUCCAAAAUCGCUGGUUGAAGAGGCUGAAAUGCUGAAAACGUUACAUUCACAACUACAUUUUGUGAAGGAUAUUCAGAAGGUGGAUACAGAGGGCGUAGAGCCGUUACGGAGUAUCAGGGAUGAAACGGAGGAGGGGGUCAAGGAGAUUACUAUUGGGAUGGAGGACUUGAAGCAGGCGUUUGAGAAGGAGGAGAUUAAGGGAAGGAAUAGGAGGCCCAGAAGGAGGAGAGGAUAUAUGGUGGAUGCACAGGGGGUAGAGGAUUGGGAUGUUUUGGGGACGGCGGGAGAGAAGGUUGAGCUGGCUGGAGGGAAGUAUUUUGUCGUUAGGAGUGGGAAGGAAUAA